AUGGGUGACCUAGCCUUUGGUCAGAGCUUCAACAUGCUAACAGAUGGCAUUAAGCACCUGUUCAUGGCACUGGUUGAGUCGCACAUGGCGAUGGCUGGAACCUUCAGUCAACUGAUUUGGUUGUUUCCUUUGUUCAGAGUUCUACCGUUCCUUGGUAGGGAAGAUGCUAUCUUCCAGAAAUGGCUUGAGAAUCAAGUUCGACAUCAAGAACAGAACAAACCGGACCUUCCUAACAUCUUCUCUUGGCUUCUUGAGGAUUAUAAAGCCCAGCUAUAUACCAAAGAGCAAGAUUGGCUAAACCUACAAGCUGACAUGCAGCUUAUAGCUGUUGCUGGAAGCGAUACCACUUCUGUAACACUUACUUGCCUUUUUUAG